AUGGGAGGCCUCAACAAACCCACCGACUUGGACCAACAGCUCAUCGGCAAGAAAAGGCCUAGACAGGACCAGCAGCAGCAACAGCAGGAGCUGUGCCAGACAGCGGGUAGCAAACAGGAAUGGGAAGAGAUCGGUUCAGAGACCAAGAGGGACAUUGCUGACUACCAGGCCGACCAGGCCGCCUGCAAGAGCCCUGACUACACCAAUAUCGGGGGCGUCGUCGAGACGACAUUCUCUGCUUACAACGGCGGCGGUGAUGACGGCAUUGGGAUUGGGAAGAAGAGGGGUCUUGCAGAUAUCGGGAAAGAAAUCGGUGCUGGUUUCAACAGUGGAGAUGGAACUGAGGAGUCCCAGGGCUCUGACCAGGCCGGGGGUGGUGUGUCCAAGAGCGUUGAGGAUCGGGGAAGUUGCGAAACCAAAGAGGGUGACGUUGUUGGCCUGUGUGACGAGAGGGGCUGGCAACCCCAGAACAGUUUCUUAGAGUUAGCAACGGCGGCAGAGGAGAGAACAGAUCUGACGAGAAUGAGCGACAAGGCCGAAUUCACCCACGAAGAGGCAAAGUCUCCCUAA